UGCAUUUUCAAGUAUUGUUUUACUUGGAGCAGAGCGUUGUUUUUCUGUUCAGUAUAGUGACAAUCGUACGCGAACAUGUACCAUUUCAUUGUGCUGGUUCUCCUCGCUUCCGGAUUAGUGAUUGCCGAAAGUGAAAGGUUUAAUUGUCCCAAUAGUUCGGGAUCCACCACAAUUGCCAGACUUAGAUCAGCGUUACUAUGUGACUAUGAUACUUCCGUAAGAUCGGUGAAAGAUCAUCGGAACGCCACAACCGUAUCAUUUCGAUUAUUGCUAAAGUAUUUUACUUAUGAUCAUUUUACGCAUACGUUGAGCAUAGAUGCCUGGUUUCCUACAUACUGGACGGAUCAACAUCUUACCUGGAAGCCCGAUGAAUAUGAAGGCAUUAAAUCCAUCCAUAUGUCUUCCAGCUAUGAUCUAUGGGUUCCUGAUAUUUCUAUAUAUAACAAAAAAGACCAGUCUAGUGAUCCUAAAACACUGGCAGAUACUUCUUGCGCAGUGAAUUUUAAAGGUUCUGUACUAUGCGUUCCUCCGAUUCAUAUUGAUGCUCUUUGCGUACCAGACUUAACAAAGUACCCUUAUGACGUCCAGAAGUGUACAGUGCGCUUCGGAUCUUGGGUUCACAAAGGAGAAGACCUGAAAUUAAAAAUGUUAACACCAACUGUAGAUCUGGAAGAUAUGGAGCCUAAUGGAGAAUGGGAACUCCUAUCCUUCAACACAGUAUACCACAGAGGCAACUAUUCUUGCUGUCCUAACAGUACCUAUCCUUCAAUAGAUAUCAUUUUCGAAAUCGAGAGACGUUCAGCUCCACAUGCUGUCAAUGUGGUACUACCAUUAUUAGUUUGCAUACUGAUCACUCUAACUACAAUGGCCAUGUCUCCACUGAACAAAGACAGACUAAUACUAAGUUGCGUGAACCUAAUAGCCCAUAUAUACCAUCUACAAAACGUUUCAUACGUAGUACCACUGUCUGGCGAGAACAUACCUAGUCUACUGGCCAUUUCAAGGGAUUCGACUUUACUAGCCGGCUUCAGCAUAGUGGCGACCAUUUUCUUAAAAUCGUUGAUAACUACUCAGAGCUUCACUCCAUCUUGGGUAUCUGGAACAGUUUCGGUUUUGGUUAGUUCCAGACCAGGACAGAUUAUAUUUUUGGCAGACAACUCUUUGAAGGGUUCCGCAUCAGCUGAAAAUAAAGAAGAUGGUGUUACGAUCAUUUCCAAUUCAGAAUCUCCUCCACCAAGUUCAAACUCAGACUGGGCAGUUUUUGGCAAAUUUAUUGACGUGCUGCUAUUUAUCGUUUACAUUAUUAUUUAUUUCAUUCUAAUUAUUAUAUUUUGAAAAUACGUUUAAAUUAUGUUAGAUUAAAGUAUUUUUGUUACCUAUCGAAUUUCAUAGAUAAUAAAGCGAUUUUAGUAAUCUU